AUGAACAAAGAUGAUUUCGACCUACUACAUCAGCUUAGAAGAGACCAUGCAGAUAAUGUAGCUCUGAAUCUGAUAAAAGGAUUACAUGAGCGGCAAAAUGGUUUCUUCAAGAAAAACUUCAAGUCAAAAGAGAAUGUGGAGACUUUUGCUGAAGAAGAGUUCAUCAGGAAGAAAGACUUCAAUGAGUUGCGUUGUGAGAUGCCUGGUAUCCCCAGAUCCACCUUCUUGAUGGUAUUCAGUCCAGAUGGUUCUAAAGUAGCUUCAACCCAUGGCAAUCACAACAUUUAUAUCACAGAUCUGAGAAAUGGAAAGAAUAUUCGGACUCUGGUGGGACAUCCUAGGACACCUUGGUGUAUAGCUUUCCAUCCUACAUCUGAUCAGAUUGUAGCAUCUGGUUGCUUGGGUGGCCAAGUCAGAAUUUGGGAUUUGAGUGGAGGUAGUGAAGUAUGGACUGCAGUAAAUCAAACAGUAAUAGCUUCCCUAGCAUUUCACCCCAAUGACAGAGUGUUAGCUAUAGCUACAUACAAUGGGGUAUACUUUUGGGAUUGGAGUCAACCUGAACCAUUUGUCCAUGCUGCCACAUACAAUGUCAAAGAAAAGGUUAGGUAUGUGGCAUUUGAUGCUUUGGGUCACAAACUCAUCACGGGAAUAGCCAACAGUCCGAUGACGAGAUGGGAGAGGGUUAGGGCUCCGGUGCCAGUGCCGAGACAGGAGCGUUGUGCCAGCCCUUACAGAAGACGUAUCACACAGCGGUUGGUGAAUAGUGCUCAACCUACCCAAAACCAGCCACCUCCCGCCGCCUCAGAACCCACCACCUCCCAACGACCCAGGGACCCUGUGGUCAGCUACCCAGAACGCGAAAGACGCAUCGCCCUGUGCUACCGCACCUUGGUCAAAGAAUACGAGCAGCUGGUGCAAAGGUACCUGCAGCUGUACCGGCCACCCCUGAUGAUAGACCGCGGCACCGAUCCCAUGGAACCCAACAAUGCCUCCGAGAGGCCUGCCAGAGCGAAUUCUUCGCCCAACAGGUCUUCUAGGGCAGGUAGUUCAAAUGAACCGGAAGAGGGUACCAGCACUGACCCCAUGGAACCCAACAAUUCCUUUGAGAGGCCUGCCAGAGCCAAUUCUUCUCCCAACAGGGCAUCUGGGGGCGGUAGUUCAAAUGAACCGGAAGAUGGUUCCAGCACUGACCCCAUGGAACCCAACAAUUCCUCCGAGAGGCCUGCCAGAGCGAAUUCUUCCCCCAAUAGGGGACCUGCAGGUGUUUCUUUGGGCGUUAGUUCUAAUACUGAUCCAAUGGAACCCACUGAACGAUCUGUUGAAGCUAAUUCUUUGCCUGGAAGGUUUUCAGAUAGAGCUGGUGGAGCUGCUUCUGGUGGUAGUUCAAAUGAAAUGGAAGCGGGUUCCAGCACCGACCGGAUGGAACCCAAUACUUCCACUGAACGAUCUGCUGGAGGUAAUUCUUUGACUGGGAAGUUUUCGGAGAGAGCUGGUGGAGCUUCUUCUGGCGCUAGUUCAAAUGAACCGGAAGGGGAGCCCAGUACGUCGGGUACUUCGAGGUUCCAGAAGGAUGGGCAGUCUAGUAGUGCUGUUAUGGAGGGUGGAGGUCGCGGUGGAACACUGCUAGAUGAACCCUCCCCUUCAGCCAACACCUCAUUGCCUCCCUCCCCUUCGAAAUCAGCCCACAACCUGCUCACCCCCAGCCGGAUCUUUUCUGUCAUCAAAAAACCCAGCACGCUGAUCCGCGGCACUCAGACCUCGGAAUCGAAGAAGCACAAGCAGCGGGACGGCGACGAACCCAAAGAGAAACGCUUCAAAAAAAGCGACGGAAGCAAAGCGAAGAAUUCUGAGGCGGCUCAGAAAACUGAGAAGAGUAUCGGUAGUGCCGGGGCGGCUCGGAAAACCGAGAAAAACGACGGCGCUAGAGCGAAAAAUGGAGGGAGUGGUGGGGACUCAGAAAAUUGAGCUGGCUCGGAGGAGUGAGGUUCCGACGCCGAGGAGGAUGGUGGUGAUCAACAUGCAGCGGCUGAGGUCGCCUGCGAGUGGGGGUGGUUCGAGUCCUGAUGCUCCAGGCACCUCGGGCUUCAGGCUGAGAUCGGCUCAGGACGACCUUUCUGAGAGCUCAUUGGGUAGAUCAGAGGAAGGUGAUACAGGGCAGAGUAACGUGGACGAAUUGUUAUCAAAUAUCAGGCGGACUGCCGAAGAAGAGGUCAGAAAUAGAAUAUUGCCGAUUAUCAGGAGCGUACCUGCUAACGAUCGACCAGAACUAAUAAGACUUUUUGAAAACAGCAGAGAGCACGUCAGGAUGCGUUUCAGAAGAAUGUACCCUUGUCCGAGGAAAUUCAAUCGUCUUCCGAUCGACACAACUUCUGACAGCAGUUCUUCUGAUGAUGAACAAUCGACCAGUAAUCGUUUGACCAGAAGGAAUUCAGAACCUUCUUCACCACCCAGGAUCGCACCUCCGGUGGAGCAGUCGUUCAGCAGCACCGGCGCCAGCUCCAGCAAUCCCAACGUUUCGGCCAGCGGCAGCGCCGCCGUCAGGAACUUCGACACCGAGCUGGAACAGUUAGUCACCUCCAUAUUGACCGAGAUCGAGCGGAACGAAACGGUCGAGGGGAGGGAAAGGACUCCGGACGGGAACUCUCAAACUGCACAUGCUAUCCCAUCGCUCCGCCCGCCGACAACCAACUGGACCCCGCCCCCGUACCGCCCACGCCCCCUUCUCGUACCACCCGAAGAAACCACCCCGCCCCCCUCCCAAAACGCCUCCCCUCUGCCAACCUCGACGGCCGGCAGCAACCUCCUCUUCCAGGAGAUCAUCCAGCUGUUGCAGAACCGGGAGAACGGGGAAAGCCCCCCGAAUCCCAGUCAAUCCAAUGUUCUCAGCAAUACCAACACGAGAACAACGAAUUCCACCGUGUAUACUACGUCGAGCGGGGGCGGGUUGCAGUUGCCUCCCAGGAGGAGGUUUUUCUCUCACAGGAUAUCGGCUUUUAUGCCUACGAGGGUGAACUAUACGAGGAGUCCUAGUCCGAGGCUGAGGAGGAGUCCUCUGCAGUUGUACAGGGGGAUGAGGCUGGGUUCUAUAGGGUUAAGUAAUCCUACCACCUUCGGCUUGGACGAGCUCAUCAAUUAUUCCGAGCUGGAAAAUUCCGAGGACGAUCCGCCGCCCCCGCCACCCCCGCCCGACGAAAACCACCCCGCCGAUCCGACCGAUCCGGAAUCGGACAUCAGCAGCAUGUACUCGAACAUCGUGCAGGAGCUGGAAUCCAGUUUGGAGAACGUGGUCAGGUUGCGGGUCAGUACAAGGCCAGGUGAAACGUCCAAUAUGCUAAGUAGCUUUUCUGAAAGACUUGAGAGCAUUCUCAAUCAGUCUUCUGUCAUUCUAAGAAAUCUCACCAACUCCAUGGAGAUGCUCACGACCAGUACAUCUACGAGAAGAUUCAAUACUGUCGACAUGAGCGAACCGAACACGUGGAACUACUUCGACCCGACCUUCUACGUGCGCUCCUCCACUCCCACCCCCACCACGCCUCCAACCCCUCCCACCGCCUUGCCCGCCCCCGUCUCGCCGCCCCUUCCCACCGCCGAGUCUCCGCCCCUCCUCGCCCCGCCCUUCGACGCCGUCGUCGCCGAUCACACGUACCCGCGCCACGCCCCCGAGGGAGGGGCGGGUCGAGAGGGCGGCACGCCCAUGGUGGCGACCGUUCAUCUGACGAUUCUGCACAUCCAGAGGCAGGCGAGGCUGUUGCGGCAGCAGGUGGAGGUGAUCGAGCAGAUCGACAGGGCCAUGCUGGAGGUGGAGCAGCUCCAGCUGGUGCGCCACCUGGUGGUCGAGCUGGUGCGGCACGUGCGCACCACAGGGGGCGGGGCCGCCGAGGAUACCGCCCCCGCCGCCGGCAGCACCAAUCGGGCGGCGAUGUCGAGCGUGCGCCAGAUGAUGGCCGGCACCAGGAUCAGCGAUUCCAGUCCGUACGAUUCGCCUGCUGAGGAGGGCGGAGCGAGUGGGUCAUCGACAGGACCUUCUAGUGCCACAUCAGGUACAGCCGCUCCUUCCACUUCUGGGAACACUCCUGUAGAGCCGCAGGCGGGAGGAUCUGGAAAUCAGACCAACAGGCAACGAUCGAGCAGCAGGAAAACGUAUCCACCAUCCAGAAUGUUCAGGUUGGCCAAACAGUGUCGCAGGCCUUCUGUUCUCCAUUUCUUCUCGAGACGUAAUUCUAGCCGCGCAGAUCGAGGCCACAGGCAAAAUUCGCAGUCCCGUCCUGCAAACAGAAAUGCUCCCACCACUCAAGAUACUUCGAGCAACAGAUUCCCGCCGCUCACGUCGAUCUACUCUUACGAUUCGAACAGGCUGGCCGUGAUGACCAGGCGGUUGGAGCAGCUGCUCACCGAACAGAUGAGGGCGUUCACGUCGCCCGACAGGCCUAGGGCCGCUGCGGGGGCCAGCAACAGGUCGACGGCGACGAUCGAUUUGGGCGAGCACAUUUUGGCUCUGCGGCUGCACGGGUGCGUGCUAAGGAUGAACAGGGUGUUGGGCUACCCGAUCGGAGACAGCCGAGCCGACCCCACCGCCGCCGUCACCAGGGACGGCGUUUCACGCUACAACGCGCGCCACCUCCUCAGCCUCGUCAUCGACAGCGUCAGCCGGCACGUGGAGGAGCUCGGCCAAUCGGACGCGUCGGCCAGCACGCGUGCGCAGACGCACGGCGUGCUCGCCAUGUCCUUGCUGCUGACCGAGCUGCUGCUGCUGGUGGUGGUGGAUUCGAUACCGCCCCCUAGCGGCAUCGAUUUCAAUCCGGAGAGGGGGGCGCUCGCCUCGCGGAUCGAUCAGCUGUGCGGACAGAUGUUGCAGAAUCGGCAGUGUACAUACUCUCAGCAACUGACGAGAAGCCUGAGACUAAUGCGAUUGACGAUGAGGCACGCUCACAGUGCUCUAGGACAGACCUAUCACGCCAGAAGGAACGCCAUGCUACCGAGACACAGCACCGACAGAAGAUUACUGCUCGGUUCAAUAAACAGAUGCCUGAGGACCAUCAGCCGUCGCAGGCAAACAGCCCCCUCCAAUCAGAGCAACACUCCUGCGCAAGAUGCCGCUGCAGCUGCGGCCGAGGAGGCUUCGACUGCCGCUCCUUCUUCUUCUUCUUCUUCGUCUCCUGCUCCGGCCAACUCGGCUGCGGCCUACAACGACUGGUACUCGACCAUUUCGGACCUGAUCGGCCAGUACUCGACGCCGAACAGGGACGACGACGCCGACAAUCGGCCGUCCACGUCUGGCAGAGAUAGGGUGGCCGCCGCCCAGAAUGACGUGUCGAGCAAUAAUGACAAUAGCGACGAUGAUGAUAAUUUAGGUUAUUCUUUGAACACCAGCAGCAAUCUCUACCGUGCCAAUAACAUCAACUUGGCUCCCAGUAGUCGAGAAUCUUCUUCUCUUUCUUCAACUUCGAGACCCUGGAACGUCCCUUCGGUACAUGUCAACGAUGUUCCUGUGACAGAACCGACUAGUUCAUUCGCUCAGCGUCUGAUGUCGCAGCGACAGCGCGCCGUCGCCGAUCGCAUGUCCGAGCUGCGAUCCAACCAGCAGCCGCCCGGUGGCGGCGGUGGCGGCGGCGGCCUAUUCCGGCCCCGCUUCCUGCACCCCUUCUACGCCAGCGUCAACCCGUUCGACGCCGAUCUCGACGACGCGCACCGCGACCAGGUCUACGACAGCGACAUGGUGACCACGGUGACGCCCAACCAUCGGAUACAGGCGUGGGAUGUGGCCGAUUGGAGUGUGCCGAACAUCGGCAGUCCUACAAGAAACGUAGUGGUAAGCGAAUGCAAAAUUCACAACGACGCUAGCGUCGAUAUUGCCAAAGACGGGACGAUUCUGGUAACCCUACUACCUUCCGGCGGCUACCUCAAUGUCACAAAUAGAUUGGGUGUUUAUAGCUUGAGAUGGGAAACGCUAGGCCAAUGCCUCUACACGACUAGCUUCGAGCAAAACGCCGUUUCCGUCUCUUUGUCGCCCCUCGGGCGCCAUUUGGUGGUCGGAUUGGCAUCGCGCAUCGUCCCGAGUGACAGGUGGAUAAUGGCGAGAGUGUUCAAAAUCGAACAAAAGGACGAGCCGGGCGACAGAUUGCCGGUGGUGCGCGAGCUGGAACAGAGCAGAGACAGCCGGAUAAAUUGCAUCAGAUGGUUGCCCAGCUCGGGACAGGGCCUCAUCUACGCCACCAAUACGGGACAGUUGGUGGUGUUGACGUAA